AUGCAAGGUACCUUUGGCCGCUUGUGCAUACCCCUUCAAAUUGCAUACCACGAAAUUCGGGGUGAUCUCCUCGAAACCUUUGCUUGCCUUUUCAAUCUCAGGGCGUGGGAUGUUGGUAUCAACCAGAUACAGAAGCAAUGGGGAGUAACUACAUUGGACAUGAAGGAGUGUGAGGUAGGUAGGAGGGUGUUGAGCAAUUGGACCUUGAGUUUUUUCAACUUUGACUUUCCUAUCAACUGGUUUGUCAUCUUCAUCAUCGGAAGUGAUGACAAUGGUGUCACUGGCAUUGACAAUAUCCCCAUCAUCAAGGUUGCGAGAGCCAGCCUUGUUGUUCAUGAGCUUCUCAAUUUCCUGAUGUAA